AAUAUAUCUCAACCGUUUGAAUUCAUCAUCCAACCCAGAUCAAUCAACUAUAUAUAUAUAUAUAUAUAUAUGCCUUUAAUAAACAGGCCUCGGGUUGUGAUUGAUGGAGUUCGAAGAACACGAACCUAUCGUUUCUUCUGGUGUCGUCAUUGUGAUCGAACUGUUAGACUUGCAUCAGCUUCUCUUAACCCCCCACACAAUUUCUUAUGCCCCCUUUGUUAUAAUCUUGUAUGCCAUGAAAUUAACAUAUAUUUCAAGGCCUUCAAGUUCCUCUACUACUACUACUACUACUACUACUACUACUACUACUACUUCUUCUUCGUCUGCUGCUCUGUUAUUAGACACAAUGGCUCAGAUCAUCAAUCUAUCUCCUCAUGAUCAUCGUUCCAGUCUCAGGCCACAGUUUGCAUUCAAUAAUUCUCUUUCGCGACCACUACCUAGCCCUGAAUCUCCUUCACAGGAGAAUGUCACGAAUCAGGAACUAGUCAGAGUAACAGCUGAUACAUUGCGCAUGUCCAGUGAUUCAGCAUGUCCAAUUUGCAAACAAGACUUUCUUCUUAACCAAGAAAUACAGAAAUUGGAAUGCAAUCAUUUUUACCAUUCUCAUUGCAUCAUGUCUUGGCUUCAAAUUAAUAAUACUUGUCCAGUAUGUCGUUACCGCCUCCCAAUACACCAACAUUCCACAAAUAAUUUCCAAAGUGCUAAUUAUGGUCGUAAUGCUGAUGAUAAUGAUGAUGAUGAUUAUGAUCUUCAUUUAGAGAAUGUUGUCAACUUGAGUUGGCCAAGUUGGACUGACUUGCUCUCCUUAUUAAGGCCUUUUCGCUUGGGUUCGUUACUCGAUUGGUCCUUGCCAUAAUAAUUCUAUUCGUCAUCGGAUCGACUAGCUAGCUAGCUAAUAACAUAUUAACACCUGUCUUUUUUUCUUCAUAACUUUCAAGUUUUAUUCUGAUUGAUAUACCAUUAUUUAGUUUGAUGUCUACUUACCCGAUGAUUUUUCAGAACAUCAACUCUAAAGGUAAGUUUUUGACAGAGUGAAGAAAGUAAGUAAA